AUGAGCAUAAUCACUUGGCUCACUGACUUGAAUUUCAAGUCCGUACAAGCCGACAAGCUGAGCCAGCGGGUGGGUGACACUGGGCGCUGGUUUCUUGAGUCCGAACAGUUUCGAAGUUGGGUAGAUGGUUCGGUGAGAUCAUCACGCCUUUGGUGUCCCGGAAAUCCCGGUGUCGGAAAAACCAUCCUGUCUUCGAUCGUCAUCGAUUAUCUGCAGUCGCUUGACUAUGAGGAAAAGACACUCAUUCUGAGGAUCUUCUGUGAUUACCAAUCUGCGGCCACACAAACCAUAGCCAACCUUUUUUGUAGCCUCUUGAAACAGCUGAUUCAGGACCACGGCCUCUCUCCCUCAAUCACGUCACUCUACAACGAGCUCCGUCGUAAACAGACGCGCCCUUCCCUGGGCGCCCUUACCAAAAUCCUUUCACAAGAGCUGGAAUCGUUCCAUCGUGUUUACAUUGUUCUUGAUGCGCUGGAUGAAUUUAUUGACAAUAAUGGAGGGCGAGAAGAGCUGAUCGAUAUGAUCAAGUCGUUAGGCGACAAUAUACAUCUCUGUGUGACAUCGAGAGUCAUCACCACGAUAGGAACAUUGUUUGAGGAAGAUACUAGGUUGGAUAUUCGAGCUUCCGAUGAUGAUAUCAAGGCGUAUAUCACAACCAAGCUCUCUUGUGGCCGUCUUGCCCGCCUAAUCAAGGGAAGAGACGAUUUGCGUCAGGAGAUACUUGAUGGAAUAACAGAGAAGGCUGAUGGCAUGUUCCUUCUGGCAGGCCUGCAUAUGGAUUCACUGGCCCAGUCAACGACCCCAAAAAUACUUCGAGUCGCACUCGGAAAACUGCCAGACAACAUGGCAGGUGCAUAUGACAAGACGUUGGAGAGAGUUAAUAGUCAAGGCGAGCACGAUAGGGACCUUGCAUAUCGUAUAUUUGGCUGGAUAGCUUUUGCUGCGCGCCCUUUGACUGUGUUGGAACUGCGGUACGCAUUGGCCGUGGAACUGGGAACAACGGCCCUAGACCCCGACAAUCUCUGCAAUGAUGACCUUUUGGGGAGCGUCUGCGCCGGACUUGUCAUCAUGGACCAGCCAAAUUGGAUAUUCCGUUACUAUGAUAUCAGCAUAGUGAGGUUUGUGCAUUAUACGACCCAAGAGUAUUUUAUGUCUCGGCAAGAUGAUUUAUUUCCUGGCUUUGGGGGCAGCAUCACACGCACCUGCCUUACCUAUAUGACAUUCAACGACAUCGACAUUCCCCGGCCCUGCAUCCCAGAAAAGACGUAUACUGUGUCCUUUUUUGGUUCUCCCCUUGCUCUCCUUCUUCGAGACAUUGAAAAACAUAUGUUCCUUAACUAUUCAUACAGUUACUGGGGAUACCAUGCCAGCGGACUAGUACAAUAUUCGAUAGAACGUGAAAUCAUUGCAUUCCUCGACGUAGCACACCACAGACAAGUUGCAGACAUGCUUAGAACAAGACACAUGCACUGGCCCCCUUCCCCUGUGGUGCCACCCUCUCCACUUCAAUCCGCUGUGCAUCAGGGAUUGGUGCACAUCACAGAGGUUCUUCUGAAUCAGGGAGCUGACCCUCGUGAAGAGCUACCGUUGGUAGUGGCUGCAGAAGUAGGACAUCUUGAGAUUGUGAAGCUACUCCUGUCGCGAGACGAUGUCGAUGUCAACCAGGCCGAUCCAAAGAAUUUUCAUACGCCCCUCAUGGAAGCAGCGCGUAACGGUCAUGAAGAGGUCAUUAAGGCAAUCUUGGCCUCAAAACACAUGAACUCGUUGAAUUCAGUAGACAAAGAUGGUAACUCUGCACUAUUCCAUGCCAUUUAUAAACACCGAAGCAAAGUGGUCAGAAUCUUGCUUGCGACUCCGGGUAUCAAUGCUACUUCGUGCAAUCACAUUGGUUUUUCUCCACUCGCUGCAGCUGUGUAUGGCCGGCUUAAGGAUGACGUGGAUCCGAACGGCCGGUCGCCUGAGACUCAAUGGACGCCCUUGUCCUAUGCUGCAGAAUCAGGGUAUGCGCAUAUUGCAACAAUGUUAUUGCAGACAGGUCGGGUGGAUGUGAAUAGCAGGGACUGCAAAGAACGUACAGCCCUUAUGACCGCGGCCGUUCGGGGAAACGUAGAUGCUGUCAAAGUCUUACUGGGACACCCGGGAAUUGCUAUCAUGGCAAAAGACAAGAACGGUAAAACUGCUUAUAGUCAUGCAUAUUUGCAGCGUCUCCGACGACUAGACGAUUUCGGGAUUGAUGGUGUGAUAGCACUUCUUGAGGAAUAUGGAGGCGGGUCGCACGCAAAUGAUUAUCUACCUACCCGAUGA